UAAAGUUAUCUUCCCUUUGUUGUGAGUUCUCUUAUUUACGUAAACACAGUUAGACCAUCACGUACUUAUUAUUUGCAACCCCAGAGUGGAGACGAUCCACAUUAUACGUACACGGGGACUGCAUCUGCGUUACAAUUGUAUUCCGAUGUCCUGGAAAAUAUACGCUUUGGAAUCGGACUGUAAGUGAGCCAAGAUCUGCUCGUUCAGAAUUUGACACUUGCUGGAGAGAAAACUUGAUUAGUCAUCAACGAGACGGAAAGAAACUUCCCAAUGAACACUUCAUGGGGUCCAGCAACUCAAGGAGAAUGAGUGGUACUGGUUCACGUGUAGCCCGGGGGACCGGCGAUUCGGACGCAGGGGACGACGGGGACACGGACCUUCGAGCGAUCCUUGCACACCUCAUUCGCAGUGGACAGAUCCGCAUCCUGACAUCCGACGGGGCGACCUCGGAUGACGAUUCUUCCUCGGACCUGGAGUAUAUGGACUCCUCCAGACCUCCAGAUGAGGACCCCAACCCAGACACAACCAGUAUAGCAACCAACGACAUUCAGAGCAUCGUGAUGCGUCAGUCCGGCCGAGCGAUGAAGCGACGCUCACCUUACAAUACCACAGUCCCACACCUUGUCAAGCAGCGGGAGAUUGGGAUGAACAGACAGCAGCAGUUUACAGCUGGAGACUGCUGUGUCAUCAACAACAGGUUUCUCCCCAACAACUUCACCAAGUUGGCGUCCUAUCAUCACAAGGCUUUCUGUGGUGCCUUCUCGAAGGAAGGGAAUAUAUUCUUGACUGCUGCGCAGGAUCAACAUGUGCGAAUCUAUGACACAACCAACGAUGACUUUAAACUGUUCAAGACAAUUCGUGCACGGGACGUAGGCUGGAGUGUGCUGGACACUGCAUUCAGCCCAGACGGGAACUACGUCGUCUACUCCAGCUGGUCUGACAGUAUUCAUCUAUGCAACAUCUACGGUGAUCAUGAUAUUCAUGAAGCAUUGCCUCUGUUGCCGGGCGACCAGAGUUUCUGUAUUUUUUCACUGACCUUUUCGUCAGACAACAGGGAGAUAUUAGGAGGAGCCAACGAUCGUCACUUGUAUGUGUAUGACCGAGAGAGUAACCAGCGGACAUUGAGGAUAAGUGCCCAUGAUGAUGAUGUCAAUGCUGUGUCAUUUGCUGAUGACAGUUCGCAGAUCCUGUUCAGUGGCGGUGAUGAUGGUCUUGUCAAGGUGUGGGACAGGCGGACGUUACGGGAGGAAGACCCACUUCCUGUUGGUGUGAUGGCGGGACACCAUGAUGGCAUCACAUACAUCGAUUCUAAGAAAGAUGCCCGCUUCCUGUUAUCCAACUCCAAGGACCAGACAAUCAAGCUCUGGGACAUGCGGCACUUUUCAAACAAGGAUGGCAUUGAUGCCACAAAGAAGGCUGUCUCCAACCAGAGAUGGGACUACCGAUGGCAACAGGUCCCCUGGAAGAUGGGCAAGCGUCAUCGACUUGCGGGUGAUACGUCACUGAUGACCUUCAAGGGCCACGGUGUCCUUCACACGCUGAUCCGCUGUCACUUCUCGCCUCAGUUCACGACGGGCCAGCAGUAUGUCUACUCCGGAUGUGCUACAGGGAACGUUGUCAUUUAUGAUCUCCUCACGGGGAAGAUUGUUCGUAAGCUGGAGGGCCACAGAGCGUGUGUGCGAGAUGUAUCCUGGCACCCAUAUGAGAACAUCAUCAUGAGCACAUCAUGGGAUGGGACGGUGGCCAAGUGGGACUACCUUAGCACAGAUGCCAUGGACCUCCAGGAUGAUGAGGAAUGCUGUAAUUUCCAGGACACCAAACCAUCACGAGCUCGGCGCAGUAGCCGACUUCGAGCCAAGGCACAACGAGAGACACAAUAUAGGGACCUCCUGUCAUAGUGCCAGUGUCGCCAUGGCAACAAGAAGUCUUAACUCAAAUGAUACACGGCUGGCUGGUAUGGCAAGAGUAUGGCCUUCAAUAUAACAGUGUCACAAGGGCCUGAUAUGAAGGAUAUUGGAGAUUUACGACCGUCGAAAUUCCCAUAGUGUACAUAAACUUAGGGUAGUUGUUGUGUUCAGAUCAUUGGCAGAACAGAACGCCAGUGGCGGGCUAACCUGUUAUUUGCCUUGUUGGCAUGAUGAUGAUUUUGAUUUUGUGGAUUGGUUGAUAUAUAUCCGUGUCUAAGUUUAAGGUAUUAACCAGGUGAAAACAGUUUUACAACAUAGUUGUUUGUCCUAAAAGUGUCAGACUGGCUUUCAUUUGACACUUGAACAUGUGUGACCAAUCUCAUUAAGACCAGAUCUUCAGCCUCGGUACAGCUACACAGAGAUCUUAGGACAUCCCAUUACAGGUCACGUCAGAACGACCUAUCCCGAACUUUGACCAACCAAUGAAAUGACUAACAAGAAGUCAACAUUAUCCAACAACCAAUGAAAUGACUAACAAGAAGUCAACAUUAUCCAACAACCAAUGAAAUGACUAACAAAAAGUCAACAUUAGCCAAUCAGGAAGCAGCUUUCUCUAGCUUUACAGCACUAGUAUCAAACUGGCAACUUCCUUUCCAGCCUACACUUUGAAAACUAUUUUGACAAAGCUCAGAAUUUGAAAACUGAACAAAAGAAAGUUGACUUUUAUAGAUUUAUGGCAUUUCUUUACAAGAAUUAUUGAAAAUCUCUUCCAUUUCAAAUGUUUAUCCCAUUGAAGCAAGAGAUAGACAAUGAUUUUGACGGAUUCAGUCGUGCAGCCCAUAGCUGUCAUUUAGAAUGAAUGAUGAAUGAUGACUGUCACUUUCCAAUCUGGUAAGUUUUGACUGGUCGGAUGAAAGUUCAUUCUGAUGUGACCCCCAAUGGGAUGUCCUCGGAUUUUAAUGAGAUUGAUGUCUGACUUGCUUUCAUUUGACACUGUUCUUAUUUGUGUCUGAUCAACCAGACUUCUUGUGGUCUGCAUGACACAAAAGACUUUCUGUAGGUUUUAGAUGAUGUGUCAGUGAUUGAAUGAGGCAUCCAUUGCGCAUGUGAUACAGGAAGCACAUGGUGUGCCCAGAGAUGAAGAUACAGACAUCGUGAUGAUGUGAUGUGGAAUCACUAAACCUCUUCCUAGGUUUGAACCAGGAACAUUGUUCUUCCUUGGCUGUGAAAGUAUCAGAACACACAAGUGUGUUUGUCUUGCCCAAUAUCAAUACCUGUGAAUGAUGGAUGAAUACCUUCAAAUGUGAUAGUAGAUAUGCUUUGUGAAUUGACUGUAAAAAGACUAUUGAUGUGUGUGGGUUUGAGAAAAUUACCCUGUGUUUUAGUGCAUUUUCCUAGGUUUAAAAUAAGUAUCGAAUGUCGCCACAAAGUAAAAAAUAUGGACUCCUACCUUAAAUGUUUGCUUCAAUGACUGUAAUACUAAACACUAAUUGGUAGUGAAAAUUAGGAGUGAAAACAUAAAUAUUUACAACCACUGCCCCAUAUUUUGACACUGCCAACUGUAAAGUGUCAGUGUGCCAGGUUUUGGGCCAUCCUGACCAUGAAAAAAGAUGGCCUCCUCACCACAGAUAAGAGCACAUGAAAUAUCGUUAUAUGUAUCAGAUCGUGAGCAUGGUAUCGUGACACAUAUCGAAUCUCACAGUUGGUGUAUCGUCCCUGCCCUACUAUUUUCCCAGAGAUUUAACCCAAUACAUUAACAAAGUUAUCAUGGUUGCAUGUAAGUAAUCCUUGUCAGAUAUGACCCCAGCUACCUAUUCUUGGAUUACUUAGCAACUAAAUGAAAUGACAGGUCAGGUUCUGUGACCGACAUCCCCUGGUGGCAUGGAUCGUUGCUCAUAAUAUCAACCACUGGUUUGUCUGGUCCAGUCAUAGUGGUCAUAUGGCGAGAAUAUUGCUGAUUGUGGUGUUUACAACAAAGAAACUAAACAAACAAACAAACAAGCAAAGAAUUGGUAACAAUCUCAGUGGCAAUUCCAACCUAUAAACAAUGACUUGUGUCAGGCUCAAGGGAGCUUGAUAUUGCUUAUUGUUGACAAGGUGAUGUUCUGGAGUUGUCAGCAUUGGUUUCCUAGUGUGUAGUCUGCUCAAUCUCACUAAAAUCAGAUCUAAGUUCUCGCUGCCGCUAAACAAAGAUCUGAGGACAUACCAUUACGGGUCACGUCAGAACGCCCUUUCGCGGACUUUGACCGACCAAUGGAAUGACCAAU